GCAACAAGCGCCAUGGCCAACUGGGACGCUAUCGAGGACCUCCAUCCGACCAUCUUCGCCCACGCUGGCGUACUCACGCAGUGGCUCAACGGCACCUUGAAGCAGGAUACCUCGGACGAAGACGUGGCCGCGGAGCUGUGGGCCGACGUGGCCUCGGAACUGUGGGCCGACGCCUUUCGCCUCGACUGGCCCGGCGACCUUGCGACGUUGCCGAGAGCCUACCUCGGUCCGCAGCGCUUUCGCUUGAUCCGCUCCAAGGACAUGUACAAGCGCGUGAUGCAAGUCUUGUACGACGGCAAAGAGAUCCAAGGAGGUAUGACACACGACGUCGCCUUCUACGCGGAUGCGUCCAACGCUUCGUACGGGGACGACUCAAUCGUGGUCCCCGAGAUCAUGGGUGCACCCAUGGAAAACGUCUGGCUCGACGAGCUCGAGUCGCUGCUCAAGACCCCGAAGGCCCUUGCGACGGCGGCAGCGCUCGGCGGCCACGCGCGUCUUCUCGAGUACCUCGUGCGCGAGAAGGGCAUCAACCUCGCCGAAAUGGUGUAUCUGCACUGCCCUGUCAUCGGUUUUGCCAUGGAUAUGAUCGCCUACUACGGCCACCUCGGGACGCUGCAGCUGCUUCACGAGGCAGGAUCGACCGGGUGCACGGUCGCGGCCAUGGACAACGCGGCGUCCAACGGCUUUCUGGAC